AUGGGAGGCGGCCCCGAAAAGGAACACCUCCUCAUCGUCCUGUGGCAGCCCGAGCCCAAGGAUGUCACGGCCGAGAUUCAGCGGCGAUUCCCGCAUUUCGAGAUUAAAUACUUUCAACAACUUCCCCCCGAAGGAGGGCAGAUUGUGGAUAAGAGAGGGCAGGUUCCACAGGAGCUAUGGCAAUGGGCCACCAUCCUGAUCACCCUGUCAUCCCUCCCCGCGCGCGCCGAAGAUGCUCCCAACCUCAAACUCAUCCACCUCUUCAUGGCCGGCUUCGACCACUACAGCAACCAUCCCAUCGUCACCGACAGCGACAUCCCCAUCACCUCGUCCUCGGGCAUCCACGGGCCCCCGAUCGCCGAGUGGAUCGUCAUGACCACCCUCGUCCUCAGCAGGCGCUACGCCACCGAGUAUGAGUGGCAGAAGCAGCAUCACUGGGGCACCGGUCGGGAGAUGUUGGUUGACGGCACGGAUUGGGUGGGCAAGACGGUCGGGAUUGCCGGGUACGGGAGUAUCGGGCGUCAAGCCGCACGUGUCUUCAAGGCUCUUGGAUCGAAUAUUCACGCCUACACGGCGGGUGCGCGCGCAACACCCGAAUCGAGAAAGGACAACGGCUACAUCGUCCCCGGCACGGGCGACCCAGACGGCACGGUGCCGCGGGCGUGGUACUCCGGGACGACGAAGGAAUCGCUGCACGCGUUCCUGUCAUCAGGGCUGGACGCACUCGUCAUCUCUCUCCCCUUGACGCCCUCGACACGCCACCUCUUUUCGACGCGCGAAUUCGAGAUCCUCGCCAACACGACCCACGCCGCCGACGGGGCCCCCAAAAAAUCCCGCUCGGCCUAUCUGAUCAACAUCGCCCGCGGAGCCCUGGUCGACCAGCCCGCGCUGAAGGCCGCGCUCGACAACGGCGUCCUCCUCGGCGCAGCCCUCGACGUCACGGACCCGGAACCCCUCCCCAGUGACGACCCCCUCUGGGACGCGAAGAACGUCAUCAUCACGCCGCACAUCAGCGGGCACGGCACCGAGUACACGCUGCGUGCGUUCGACGUCUUCAUGGUGAAUUGGGCACGGCACGAGAGGGGCGAGAAGAUGUUUAACCUGCUCGAUCGGCACAAGGGGUAUUGA